UUUCUCCCUCUCUACCUUACUAUAUUUAACAACUCUCUAUUACCAUUAUUUCCCUUCUCCUUCAUGGCUUCCACUAAUGGAACUUCACCUAACCACAUUGAAAUUCCCAUGCAUGCAAAUGGUGCUGCUCUUGUGGUGCAGCCAAAACCAAACCAAGUGGUUGACCAAGAGAGCAAUACUAACUACACUCAAAGGGCUCAGUGGCUCCGAGCAGCAGUGCUCGGAGCCAACGACGGACUAGUCUCAGUUGCAUCACUCAUGAUGGGUGUUGGAGCUGUUAAGCAUGACAUCACAGCCAUGGUUCUAGCAGGCUUCGCUGGCCUAGUAGCCGGAGCAUGCAGCAUGGCAAUCGGAGAGUUUGUCUCUGUGUACACUCAGUAUGACAUAGAGAAGGCUCAGAUAAAGAGAGAAAGAGAAGCAAAUGAAGAAGAAGGAGUAGCGGAUCAUGAGAGGGAGAAGCUGCCAAAUCCAUUUCAAGCAGCAGCAGCAUCAGCAGUGGCAUUUUCUGUGGGUGGUGUGGUGCCAAUGCUAGCAGCUUUGUUCAUAAGGAACCAUAAGGUUAGAAUGGGUGUUGUUACUGUUGCUGUUAGCUUAGCAUUGUUGGUGUUUGGAAUUUUUGGAGCCAUUCUUGGUAGAACUCCUGUCACAAGAUCCUGUCUCAGGGUUCUCAUUGGAGGUUGGAUUGCUAUGGCUAUCACUUUUGGCUUCACCAAGUUGCUUGGCUCUGUUUCACUUUAGAAUAUCAUUCCUUGUUAUGUGUACUCAUUUACUAAUGAAUACUUCUUUAUUAUUAGUCUUUGGUGCAAACUAGUCAACUUCACUUAAAGUUGAUAACUGAGAGUUGUUAGAUAAAAAUUUAAUCAAAUUAGACAAAUCAUUUAACGGAUCUCAACUAUCAACUUUACGAGAAAUUGACUGGACCUGAGUUUCCACCUUAGUAUUUUUAUAUAAAUGAGUGGGAUGUGUCUGUUGGGAGAAGGGUGUGAUAUUAUUACCCUUAAUAAGCUAUAGGUGCCUGCAUCUUUAGCCGUUUGCCAAGGUUUUUAAUUAAAGUGUUUAUUAUCACCGUGUUUUCUUGUUUC